AUUAGCUGUGAAAGAAAAUAAAUAAAGUGAACGAGAGAGAAGAAAGUAAGAAACGGAGAGAAACAGAAUGGAAUAUUAGCUCAUCAAAUAUUCGAUAGUUAGCAAGUCCACUCAUUAUUUAGUCUUCUUUAGUCGGCGAUCGGAGAAUCCCAUUUGUUUAUUUAUAUGUCUAUGAUUUAUGAUUGUAAGUAAGCAAGUAAGUUAGUAGCGAGUAGAUUGGAGGCUGUCUUCUUCUUCCAUUGGAGAUUUGGAAUUGAACUGAAUAAUAAGAGGAGGAGGAGGAGGAGUAGAUGAGUAUGUACGGCAGGGAUCCAUGGGGGGGACCACUGGAGAUCCAUGGGACAGACUCCGCCACGGACGACGACCGGAGCCGCAACCUGCAGGACUUGGACAGGGCGGCGCUGUCACGGCAGCUCGACGAGACACAGCAGAGCUGGCUGCUGGGCCCCACUGAGACCAAGAAGAAGAAGAAGUAUGUCGAUCUCGGCUGCAUCAUCGUCAGCCGCAAGAUCUUCGUCUGGACCGUCGGCACCAUCGCCGUCGCCGCCUUCCUCGCCGGAUUCAUCACUCUCAUCGUCAAGACCGUCCCCCGCCACCACCACAAGGCCCCUCCUCCCGACAACUACACCCUCGCCCUCCACAAGGCUCUCAUGUUCUUCAACGCUCAACGCUCUGGAAAACUCCCAAAGCAUAACAAUGUUUCUUGGAGAGGGAACUCUGGUCUGCAAGAUGGGAAGGGCCCCGGGGUAUCUGCCGCCAUCAAGGAUCUGGUGGGUGGCUACUAUGAUGCCGGAGACGCCAUCAAGUUCCACUUCCCUAAAUCCUUUGCCCUGACCAUGCUCAGCUGGAGUGUUAUUGAAUACAGUGCCAAAUACGAAGCUGCCGGCGAGCUCGCCCAUGUUAAGGACAUCAUUAAAUGGGGGACUGAUUACCUUCUCAAGACCUUCAACAGUACUGCUGACACCAUUGACACUCUUGCUGCACAGGUUGGAUCUGGGGAUACUUCUGGAGGGAGCACCACUCCAAAUGAUCAUUAUUGCUGGACUCGUCCGGAGGACAUUGAUUAUACACGACCUGUCACCGAAUGCUCGAGUUGCUCGGAUCUUGCAGCAGAGAUGGCUGCUGCGUUAGCUUCUGCCUCCAUUGUGUUUAAGGACAAUAAAGUCUAUUCGCAGAAACUUGUUCAUGGUGCCACAACACUCUAUAAGUUCUCGAGGGACCGCAGAGGAAGAUACAGUCCACGUGGUACCGAGGCUUCAACAUUCUACAAUUCAACCAGCUACUGGGAUGAGUUUGUCUGGGGAGGAGCUUGGAUGUAUUUUGCCACUGGUAAUUCUUCCUACCUUAAUCUGGCCACCAAACCUGGCAUUGCCAAGCAUGCUGGUGCUUUCUGGGGAGGCCCUGAUUAUGGUGUAAUGAGCUGGGAUAACAAGCUUCCUGGUGCUCAGGUUCUUCUGAGCCGGUUGAGGUUGUUCUUGAGUCCUGGUUAUCCAUAUGAAGAAAUUUUAAGUACAUUUCACAAUCAGACCAAGAUUUUUAUGUGCUCCUUCCUACCAGUUUUCUCAAGCUUUAACAGAACAAGAGGGGGCUUGAUUCAAUUAAACCAUGGUAGGCCUCAGCCUCUCCAAUAUGUUGUAAAUGCAGCCUUUUUGGCUACCCUAUUCAGUGAUUAUCUUGAAGCUGCUGAUGCACCUGGAUGGUAUUGCGGGCCCAAUUUCUUUUCGGCUGAUACUCUUCGAGACUUUGCAAGGACCCAGAUAAAUUACAUCCUUGGGAAGAACCCUCGCAAAAUGAGCUAUGUUGUUGGUUUUGGUAACCACUAUCCAAAACAUGUCCAUCACAGAGGUGCUUCUAUACCAAAGAACCACAUUAAGUAUAGCUGUACAGGAGGCUGGAAAUGGAGGGAUACAUCCAAGGCAAACCCAAAUACAAUUGUUGGAGCUAUGGCUGCUGGUCCUGACAAGUUUGAUGGUUUCCAUGAUGUCCGUAAAAACUACAACUACACGGAGCCAACUCUUGCAGGAAAUGCAGGUUUAGUUGCUGCACUUGUAGCAUUGUCAGGUGAUAAAAACAUAGGGAUUGACAAAAAUACAAUUUUCUCUGCGGUACCCCCAAUGUUUCCUACAGCACCACCACCUCCAGCACCAUGGAAACCAUAAGGUGCUAUGCCGUUCAUUAUCACUUUCCACCAAGUACCGUAGCGACAUCAGUUCAUUGGUUGGCAUGGACAAAUUGGAAGUUGUGGGAUAAGGCCUUUGAGAACAUCUUUGACUUGAGAUUAGCCUUAAGAAUUUAUAGAGGUACUUGUGAGUGUUUCUUCAUUUAAGCAUUAUUGUUAUAUACUUAGUACAUAUGUAUCAAAUCUUGUAUUCUUUAAACUUGCAGAAUGAACAACAUGGAAGUCUGACACUUACAAUUUACAAUCUUACAGUUACCUA